ACCCUAAGAUACUAUAUUAGUCUAGAUAUGCAGGUAUUUCUAGAUAGAUUAAGUAGAUCAAGUAUAAUUCUCAUUGUAUAUAUUAUGUUUUAUUAUGCAAUAAAAUAUUACAUAGUUUCACACUCGUUAAUUAAUGUAGAUCUCAUUGAUAUGGGGGCGAUGCGCGAGUCAUUUGAUUUUGGGACGAAGAAAAUGCUGGGACACUGGUUUCCAAGACACAUGGGAAAAGGUCUUCGACAAAUGCGAGCGGUUCUUCGCAAGAUUGAUUGUGUCAUAGAAGUUCAUGAUUGUAGGAUACCAAUGUCAGGUAGAAAUCCAGCUUUGCAGAUGUCGUUAUCUGCCAAACCGAAACUACUUGUCUUCAACAAAGUAGAUUCAGCGCAGCCAACCGACAAAGAGUUGGAGUUGCUUCAUGAUCGAUUACGCACGGAGGGUGUAUUGGAUUAUUUGUUCACAAACUGUCUUCCUGGAGACAAUGGAGAACUUGAUGCAUCAGUCUCUGAAGUUAUCCCAAGGUGUGUCGAAAUCGUUAACAGAGAUGAGAGAUAUGACAGAGAGGGUGAGGCUGGGAUAGAAAUGAUGAUUGUUGGGGUUCCUAACGUUGGAAAAUCUUCACUAAUCAAUGCCCUUCGUAGAACACAUCUUCAAAAGGGAAAAGCUGCAGCUGUAGGUAGAUUACCAGGACAAACAAGGUCACUUAUGUAUAAAAUAAAGGUUUGUGAAAAGCCUUUAAUUUAUUUACACGACACACCAGGGAUCCUAGAGCCAAAACUGAAAGAUCUCCACAGUGGAAUGAAGUUAUCAUUAUGUAACACCAUAAAAGACCAUUUAGUUGGACCAGCAAUGAUUGCAGACUAUCUUUUAUUUACUCUCAAUCAAAAGAAACAAUUCAAGUAUGUUAAGCUACUCUUUCACCACUUUUACAGAUAUAUGGAAAAGUAUGGAUUCCAGGUACCAUGUGAUGACAUACAUAAGGUGCUAUUGAAUCUUGCGAUAAAAGCAAAAAAAUAUCAAAACCGGAAGGUUCUUACUGGAACUGGAUCGCAGGUUAUAAAAAUACCAGACUACAACUAUGCAGCAAAUCUCAUGUUAGCAGAUUUUCGUGAAGGACUGCUCGGAAAAUUCAUAAUAGACGAUUUAGAUGAAUCCUACGAUUCUAUUGAUUAUGAUUGGCAAUAAGCAUUUGAUAAAUAAAGUAUGAACUUUGGAUUUUGAAAGAAAAUGUGCAAAAUACUGAGGUGUGUUGUGUUUGUGUAUAAUAAAUUCCACAGUCAAAUCAUAAUAUGUUAAAUUACCACAAACAUAAAAUCACAGGAAUUACAGGACAUAAGCAAGUUUUUUGAUCCCAAGUUUUCAAUCAAUCCAAAAACUGGUUUUGCAUCACAGUGCUCAGUAUGUGAAUUGACCCCAACUCUCAAUUGCACAUCAAUAUGUUGCAAAGUAAUACAGUCUUGUUCUGUGUCAAUCUGUACGCCACAUUUGCAAACAAUAAUGUUGAGAUGUUUUUCAAGAUAGUUGGAAUGGCAUAUUGGGCAGGGCACUACAUGUGAGUUAUUUAUACUAUCAUGUUCAGAAACAACAUUCUUGAAAGUUGAUUCAUCAAACUCCUUCAUACGGUCAUAUUGCAUUAGGAUUUCUCUUUCUUGUAGCAUUAGCUCUAGUUUGAUUUGCUCCAUAGUAUCAAGCAUUGCAUUGAAAUCAGUUUCUGAAGUAUUUUGCAUCAGAUCCCAUUCUUCUCGCAUUACAUCGUCUACAACACUAGAGUCUAAAUCAGGUUUGUUUUCUGAUGUAUCCACAUCUCCCAAAUCUCUGUAGCGUUGUAGCAAUUUUGCUCUGCUACCUUUUAAGCGGACAGCGCAUCGACGUUUAUAUGAUUCUUUCCAUGUUGGUGGUGAUCCUAACUUAUACAAAUCGGCAUGUUUAGAACUGGGAACCGUGCUACGGAUUUUUUGAGACAUACUC